GCUUCUGAAUUGAAAAUAUAUUUCCCUAAUUCAAUUUACUUUAUUAUAUCAAAAUAACAUUACAUUAACAUUAUGGGAAAAGAAAAAUCGAAAAAACGCCGGCGUUCCUCGUCCUCAAGUUCAACCAGUUCUGAUUCAAGUCGCGAAAAGAAAAAACUACGUAAAUUAAAAAAGAAAUUAAAGAAAGAGCAAAAGAAAACGGAAAGAAUUCUAAAAAAGAAGCUUAAAGAAGAAAAAAAGAAACUUAAAAAAAAGAAGCAGGAAGAUAGAGGUCAAAGUAUCGAAAGUGAACACAAAAUAGAAGAAUCAUCAGCUGAUAUUCCUUUGGAACUAAUGGAAAGGUCUAAAGCUAUGGCUCCUAUGACUAAAGAAGAAUGGGAAAAACGACAGAGCAUAGUCAGAAGAGUGCAAGAUGAAGAAACGGGCAGAUACAGGUUAAUAAAAGGUGAUGGUGAAGUGUUAGAGGAAAUUGUCUCAAGGGACAGACAUAAGCAGAUCAACAGGCAAGCCACAAUGGCUGACGGAGAUUUCUUUCAGUCUCAGACUGUUGAAAAACAAAGGAUCAAAUAAUCCUUGCUCAUGUAAUAGGAAAUCUUAAUACUAUAUUGAAUCAUUUUGUUAAAAGAUUCUUUUAGCUAAUUUGAACAGCUUUCAUUUGUUAUGAGGUAAGUACAGGGGUAAUAAAAGUAUAUUAGUUUGAAAAUGUAAAUAACAGAGGAUAUUUAAAUAUUGCCUAAUGAUUGUCUUCUACAGAUAUAAUGAAUAUUCUAUAUUUUGUAUCUGUAAAGAUGUCUUAUACAGUACACAUUUUAUUGAUAGUUUGCACAAGUUAUGGAAACUUUUUUCUUUUAUAUAUAGGAAAUUUUAAAUGUUUGUGUCACAUGCACUGGGGUUUAAUGUA